AUGUCCGAGUCCUGUACUGAGGAUGUGCCUAACAUGUCCGAGUCCUGUACUGAGGAUGUGCCUAACAUGUCCGAGUCCUGUACUGAGGAUGUGCCUAACAUGUCCGAGUCCUGUACUGAGGAUGUGCCUAACAUGUCCGAGUCCUGUACUGAGGAUGUGCCUAACAUGUCCGAGUCCUGUACUGAGGAUGUGCCUAACAUGUCCGAGUCCUGUACUGAGGAUGUGCCUAACAUGUCCGAGUCCUGUACUGAGGAUGUGCCUAACAUGUCCGAGUCCUGUACUGAGGAUGUGCCUAACAUGUCCGAGUCCUGUACUGAGGAUGUGCCUAACAUGUCCGAGUCCUGUACUGAGGAUGUGCCUAACAUGUCCGAGUCCUGUACUGAGGAUGUGCCUAACAUGUCCGAGUGCUGUACUGAGGAUGUGCCUAACAUGUCCGGAGAGUGCUGUACUGAGGAUGUGCCUAACAUGUCCGAGUCCUGUACUGAGGAUGUGCCUAACAUGUCCGAGUCCUGUACUGAGGAUGUGCCUAACAUGUCUGAGGAGUCCUGUACUGAGGAUGUGCCUAACCUAACAUGUCCGAGUCCUUCCUGUACUGAGGAUGUGCCUAACAUGUCCGAGUCCUGUACUGAGGAUGUGCCUAACAUGUCCGAGUCCUGUACUGAGGAUGUGCCUAACAUGUCCGAGUCCUGUACUGAGGAUGUGCCUAACAUGUCCGAGUCCUGUACUGAGGAUGUGCCUAACAUGUCCGAGUCCUGUACUGAGGAUGUGCCUAACAUGUCCGAGUCCUGUACUGAGGAUGUGCCUAACAUGUCCGAGUCCUGUACUGAGGAUGUGCCUAACAUGUCCGAGUCCUGUACUGAGGAUGUGCCUAACAUGUCCGAGUCCUGUACUGAGGAUGUGCCUAACAUGUCCGAGUCCUGUACUGAGGAUGUGCCUAACAUGUCCGAGUCCUGUACUGAGGAUGUGCCUAACAUGUCCGAGUCCUGUACUGAGGAUGUGCCUAACAUGUCCGAGUCCUGUACUGAGGAUGUGCCUAACAUGUCCGAGUCCUGUACUGAGGAUGUGCCUAACAUGUCCGAGUCCUGUACUGAGGAUGUGCCUAACAUGUCCGAGUCCUGUACUGAGGAUGUGCCUAACAUGUCCGAGUCCUGUACUGAGGAUGUGCCUAACAUGUCCUAG